AUGGCGUCCAAACGAAAACAUCUAACUUUAACAGAAAAAAUCAAAUCGUUAGAUUUUUACCAAAAAGAAAAUGUGAGUGCACGUACUCUUGCAGAUAAAUUUGGAAUAGGAAGAACUCAAGCCACCGACUUAAUAAAAAACAGAGAAACGAUUUUAAAAUUAUGGAAAUCCCACGGUAAUGAUCAAAUGAAAACUACAAAACGUCGUAAAACCGAAUCAGGCAAUAUCAACGAAGUUGUAUACGAAUGGUUUUGUGCAGCCCGUGCUAAAAAUAUUCCAAUCAGUGGACCAAUACUUAAAGAAAAGGCUUUACAAGUGUUACAUGCGGCCCUUCAGGGAUCCAAAACGUCAAAUGGUUGGCUUGAUAAAUUUAAAUCACGCUACAAUAUUUCUUUUAAAGUGGUUUGCGGCGAGAGUAAAUCGGUUGACACGGAAACAGUGGACGAAUGGCGUAUAAAAGUCAAACAAUUAAUUUCUUCUUAUGAGCCACGAAAUAUUUACAAUGCAGAUGAACCAGGAUUAUUUUAUAAAAUUCUUCCUAAUAAAACAUUAAGUUUUAAAAAUGAAAUUUGUACUUCUGGGAAAAAGUCUAAAGAAAGAUUGACGGUCAUGUUAUGCGUUAAUUUAAUAGGUGAAUUUGAAAAGCCACUAAUCAUAGGUAAAUCUAAGAAACCUCGUUGCUUUAAGAAUGUGGACAUAAAACGCUUAGACCUACACUGGGAGGCAAAUAAAAAAGCAUGGAUGACACGAUGUAUAAUGACUGAGUGGUUAAUGUGGUUUGAUGAAAAAAUGAAAAAACAAAAGCGUAAAAUUAUUUUGUUUUUAGAUAAUGCAACAUCACAUCCUGAUUUAAAACUACAAAACAUAAACUUAGUAUUUUUACCACCAAAUACGACGUCACACUGUCAGCCUUUAGAUCAAGGUAUAAUCCAAAAUUUUAAAGUUAUUUACCGACAAAUGAUACUUAGACGAAUAUUAUCACAGAUAGACGUAGUAAAAGAUGCUGAUGAACUUCCAAAAAGCAUUACUGUAUUAGACGCUUUGAUGUGGAUUAAACAGUCUGUAAAGAAAAUAACUGGUAGUUGUGUUACUAAAUGUUUUAAAAAAUCAGGUUUUAUUUUGGAAAAUUUGCCUGUAGAUUUAGAUAACACAGAUCUUGAAAACGAAAUAAUUGUUGGUGAACAAUUAGUUAAUAUGCUGCCAACUCAUAUGCAAGGUGAAGAUUUUUUUUUGGUCGACGAAAAUCUAAGAACUGAAGAAGAUAGUACUGAUAUCAAGUUAUUCAUAAUAACAGAUAAUGACGAAGAGGAAACACAUGAAGAAACUGAAGAACCCGAGUACACUGUAUCAAACUAUUCUGAGGUUUUAACUCAAAUACAACAAUUAUCAGCUUUCACUCUUCAAAAAGGUGACGUAGAUGGUUAUGACAUGUUAAAAACCGCAGAAAUUUAUUUUGAAAAAAAAUGUUCAAAUAAUCAAAUGAAUUUAAAACAAACUAAUAUAACUCAAUUUUUUUAA